CUUCCAAGAAAGAUCUCACACAGGACUCUGUCUUCCCCCAUCUGGGAUGCUGUUCGACCCCUGCCCAGGAGAAGACAUAAGACACAAGUGAAGGAGAGUCUCCCCUCCAAAGGAAUGGAGGACACAACUCAACUUACCACUCUUGCCAACGGAACUUUCUGCACCAACUUAGAUUAUUACUAUGCUAAAGAAGUGCUUGCCUUUGUACCAAUUUUGCAGAAAAUACUGAACAUCCUUUCCAUGGUCACCAAUGGUGUUACCUUUGUGCUGGGUGUCACUGGGAAUGGGCUGGUCAUUUUCAUCACUGGCUUCCGUAUGAAGAAGACGGUCAACACCAUCCAUCUCCUCAACUUGGCCAUCGCCGACUUCACCUUCACCCUCUUCCUCCCGCUGAGCAUUGUCUACCAGGCCCAGGGCUUUCACUGGCCCUUUGGGGAGGCCAUGUGCAAGUUCAACAGCGCACUGGCCAUUGUCAAUGUCCAUGCCAGCAUCUACCUCCUCAUGGUCAUCAGCAUAGACCGCUGUAUUUUCUGUGGAUAUGCCCCAGGUAUUCUGAACCACCGGAGCCCCCCACCUGGCUUCUUUCUAGCUUUGGGGUUUGGAUCUUUAGCUGUGGUGUUAUUUCACCCAUCUAUCCAUUUCACAAAGACCUUGAAAAAUGGGGAUGUGAUCUCCUGCUGCCCCAAAUUCAGCCACAAUGAGGACCAGGCAAAAGCCAUCCACCGUGACAUAGUUAUCAGCCGCUUCAUCUUUGCCUUCAUGAUCCCUUUUCCAGUCAUUAUUAUUUGCUAUGGGGCUAUUGUUUUGAGGCUGAGGAGGGACCACUUGGCCUCCUCCAGCAAGCCCUUCAAGGUCAUCACGGCAGUGAUCCUGGCCUUUUUCAUCUGCUGGUUCCCCUUUCAUGUUUUCUCUUUCUUGGAGAUUCAAGCUGACAAGGAUCACAGCCUGCACCUGUCACUCAUUAUCGGUAACCCUCUAGCGUACAGUCUGGCCUUCAUGAACAGCUGCCUCAACCCCAUCCUGUAUGUCUUCAUGGGGCAUGAUUUCAAGGAAAGUUUCAAACAUUCUAUCCUCUCAGUAUUUGAGAGUGUCUUUGCCGAGGAUGUCAACCAGAUUACGACUCAAAAAAUGACCAGAUCCUCAGUGGAGAUGGACUCCCCUGACUUAUGAACACAGCUGCCCUUUGCUUUUAAAAGUCCCAGUUUUCCCAGCCAUUCAGUGCAUUUAUUCAUAAUUCUGCAAAGAACUGGCUUUGUACUGACUGUAGGGCUAUUAUGGUGGAAGGCUUUCCUGCUGACCUUCUUUAUUGCCUACCAAUGCUUUCAGUGGGAGUAGGGGAAAA